AGUUUUGGUUCUUUUGACCACCCUUUCACAGUUCCAAAUCAUAUGUAGCAGCUUCAUCUAAUGCCUCACUAUCUCUCACUCUAAUUUCCUUUCCCUCUUUCUUUUCUUCCUGUAUUUUACUUUACUCCCCAACAAACAGGUUUGGAAGGCAUGCAUCCAUUGACCAUUGCCUCCUUUACACUUCUCCCAAGCACACUGUUUCACUUCCCAUUGCACUACACUGUUCCUCCUCUCAAUACUUGCUUAGGCCAUUAUUUGAACUCAUCCGCUUGACUUGAGAGCAGAAUUCCGGCAGGGAACGUCAGCUUAUCUAGUGCAGACAGCAGUGUCAGUGUGCCUCUUCGUCUCUGCCCCGCUCAUGAAGGCCAGUGGAUUCCUCUGCCGGUCGCAAGCCUCGACGGCGGUUUGCAUCCCCGGCGAUCCGCUGUCGAUGAUAGUGCCAUGUCGACCGGAACAGGCACUCAUCGACUUGAAGUAUUCCCGCCUUGUCGACUCCCGGAGACUCAACUCCGGUGACCGGAAUCGAGCAGUCACCCUCCCGAUGGUCACAAAGAAGCAAAGGUCCGAUUUGCGGCCAUGGCCCACUGCUGUUUCUGCUGCUGCUGCUGCUACUACUACAGCCAAUGAACAUAUCUUCCAAGUGGUGGUCAUGAGAGUUUCAAUCCAUUGUCAAGGAUGCGCAGGAAAAGUGAGAAAACAUAUCUCUAAAAUGGAAGGUGUGACAUCCUUCAGCAUAGAUCUGGAAUCCAAGAGAGUAACAGUGAUGGGGCAUGUGUCCCCUGUUGGGGUCCUGGAGAGCAUAUCAAAGGUGAAAAAGGCUGAGUUCUGGCCAUGCUCAUGAAUUCAACUCGACAUGGUUUUUCAGCAUCACACAGUUUCAAAAGUGCAAGAGCUUUUGAGCAUCAUAAGACAGAUCAUGCUUUUCUUCCGGGUGGCAGUCUCCUUUAUGUUGUAAUAUAAGUAUUCUUAUCAGAACCAGUCUUUAACUAUCAGUCCAAGGUUUUUUAACCCCUCUCAUUGCCUGUAUAUUACUAUUCUGAACCUGUUUCCUUUCUUCGUUUUCAUGUAUUUUAUCUGCUCGUGAGAAGCAAAAAAAUACAUUUAAAAAAAAAACACUAGUCAGGCUUGUGCUAGCUUAAAAUUAUAAAGUUGUGGAAGGAGGACCACUGUCUUGCA